AUAGUUUAUUUAGGUCUUGGUGUAUUUCUCAUUCGUGUGUUUCGGGGAACGGGUCGAACAUUUUCAGGCUGGUAUAGUUCUUUCGUUUUAUCUCGUGGAAAGAAUUUCCAUCAUUAAGGAGAGAGUUUUAUCGUUUAUUGCACAUUAUGCCGAAGAAUAAAGGAAAGGGAGGUAAGAAUAGGAGAAGAGGUAAAAAUGAGAAUGAAACUGAGAAGAGAGAAUUGGUCUUUAAGGAGGACGGACAAGAAUAUGCUCAAGUAACCAAAAUGUUAGGUAAUGGUCGGCUUGAAGCAAUGUGCUUUGACGGGACAAAACGUCUCUGCCAUAUUCGGGGGAAACUUCGAAAAAAGGUGUGGAUCAAUCAAGGUGAUAUUAUUUUGAUUGGUUUGCGUGAUUAUCAAAAUGCAAAAGCAGAUGUUAUUCUAAAAUAUACAGCAGACGAAGCUCGUAAUCUUAAAACAUAUGGUGAAUUCCCUGAAACCGUACGUAUCAACGACACAGUCACCUUCGUGGAGGAUGGCUUUGAUGAAGAUAUUGAGUUUGGUGAUGAAAUUAGCGACGAUGAUGAAGAGAAUCCCGAUAAUAUCUGAUGACCCACAGUCACAACAGUUGAUAGGAUUUAAAAAGUCGAUAAAGUACUAUUGUCGUUUGCUGGUGCAAAUGAGGGAUUGAAGUAUAUUCCUUUACAUUCAACGCUUAUUUAUCUUCUUGUAUCUAUAAAUAAAUCGUCACGUUUUUCUCGGUCCAUAUUGUGUUCUCCGUUAAAAGAAAAAAAAAACACACACACACACACAUACAAGUAGCAUUUGAUUUCAGUUUAUUUAUAAUUGUAUAAAAUUAUUGUUAAAAAAAAAAUAUAUAUAGAAAAAUCUACGCCACCAUUGUCUCUAAGAGUUAAACGUAUUUAAAGACUCAUUUAAAGAGUCUACACUUGUUGAACUUUUACAAGAUUCAUUUCGAUCCUUUUCUUCAUUAAUUUCUAAUUCUUUAAUCUCGUCUUAUAAAUUCAUAUAUUUAAAUAUUCUAAUUGUAAUUACUUGUCAUUCCAUUAUUGUCAUAACUUUCUCCCCUUUCAAUUUUCCAUCUAAAUUAAAUUUUGAAUUUUGUGUCAUAUAAAUCUUUAGAUGAAUAAAUAAAUUCUGUAAUAUGAACAUCGAUUUUCACCCAAUUGGAAUUUUAUUUUAUUUUAUUUUUUUAAAUUGCAUUUAAACUGAAAUCAUUAUUGUGCUGAUAGUAUAGUAAAUAUUGUAGGUAUACAAAUGUCUAUAAAUCCGUUUUUUUUAUUUUAUAAUUUUUUUUUUUUUCAAUGCCACGUUAAAUGCGUGUCCAUAGAUUUAGUAAUUCAAAUUGGCUACUAUGAAUUUGAGUCAAUUGUGACACUUUUGUAAAAUUAGGUGUAGAAUUUUUGUUAUUAACCAAAAGUAGAUUUGUUUCUCUAUUUCUGUUUUUGGAAAGAAAUUUUUAGUAGCUCAAUUUUAGGUAAAUAAUUGUGUUGAUAAUUGUAAACUCUUGGCAAUACAGAAUGAUAAUAUAGAGUAUAAAAUGAGGGGGAAAAAAAAGAAAUAAUUAAUUUUGCGCUUCACUUUUAAAAAUUCCGAGAGAAAAAUAUUUUAAAUUUAAAUUAAUUGAAAAGAAUGAAAACUUAUUAAAAACUCGGAAAUAUGUAAUAUCGCUGACAAUAUAAUAUUCACGACAGUAUUUGUUUUCGAAAGACGAAAUAAAAUUUUUUAACAACACAUUUUUUUUUUUUUUUUAAUUAAUUAUUUUCACAUGUAGUAGUAACGAUCAAAUGGUUUUUUGUGUUUUUCUUUUUUUGUUAUUAAAUUCUGUAUAAGAGAUUAAUAAAUUAUUUAUUCUCUUUCAUUGAAGAAAUGUUUAACUGUCGUAUUGAUAUGAAACAUUUUUUUUUUAUUAUUAUUUAAUUAUCUCGUUGAGAAAAAAGGUUAUUUAUUUUUGUUGCUCUUCUGCAAAAAAAAGUUAUACACUUUUUAAUUUCAAUCCAAUGUGAAUGUUAUAAUAUUUGCAUAUAUGUGUGUUAUAUUUUUAUCAAAGUUUCAAUGUAAUAAAUUGAAAUUUUGUUUUUUUAAUAUGAAUAUCCUCUUUAAUUGAUAUUAAUUUUGAUAUUUUUUUAUUUUGUAACUACUCUCUAAAUUUGAAUUACUAAUUUAAAUUAGUGAUUGAUUUUUUGUUAUACUAGUUAAAUUUUACUAAUGAUUUAGUGAAAUAAAUAAUUCAUUAGUAAACUUUAACUGAUUCAAAAAAAAAAAAAAAUUUAAAUACCAAAACAUUGUCACUAAUUUAAAUUAAAAAUUUUUUUUAACUGAAAAUUUUUUCUAAUUCAGAUUUAGUGAGUAUUGUUGAAAUUGCACAAUAUUUUCGGGGUCGAAUUUUGUCGACAGGAAAUCGGGAAAAAGUCGGCAGUUUUUUUUUUUGGGUUGCAUAAUAAUUAAAAUAAUUAUAAUUGUAAUCAUUGUAAUAAAUCUUUUUGAAACAUUCAAGUUUACUAAAAAUGAAAAUAAAAAUUAUAUUGAAAAUUCGA